GUAAAUGUCUCUGCCUCUGUCCCAACAGGAGAGCGUUUUCCGAGCCGCUGGUGCAGGACGCUGCUGCUCUGUGCACACACGGAAACUUUGCACUCUGAAGACACUCAACCAACAGUGCCAUCUUGUGGAUGUCAGGGGACACUACCAGCAUGAAGACUUCCUCUUAGAGAAUGCAGCGCAAGUGAAAACAGAGAAGUCAACUAAACCUCACUGAGCGAUGGGAAACUCUGCUUCAUACAGGAAAAUUUUGUGAGCCUGUAAGGUGCGAGGACACCCAGUGGAAAUGAGAUGAACUGCUGACUGGGAUGUCAUUGUUAGUGUGAUCACUCCGGUGAUGGAAGAUUGAGACAGACUCAACUCAUCGCUGCUGCACUGUUGAGAUUUUACAGUUUUCCAAAUAUCUCAGUUUUGUGAUCACUUUAUUUCUGGUGUUAUAGCAUCAGGUGGGAAAUGUGUGUGUAUCCUUAAUGACAUCAACGUCACAUAUUAUCCCUGCAUCUAAUCAGUGGCAUUUCAUUUACUCACUGUCCUCCAGUGUUUGGAGAACAUUUCUCAGACCUCUCUGUGUUUCCACCAUUUUCUCCUCUGAUUAAGAAACUCUACACCCUCUUAAAAGUUCUCCUCCCUGCUCCCAACAGUUUUUCUUCUUAGGGGCUCUUUUAAGAUGCUCUGUGAGUAACUUUUAUCUUUACAAAGACCAGUCUUAACUUUAAGGGAAAUUCUAAUAAAAAGUCACAAUUCUAAGAAUUUUCUAACACUGAGAAACCUUGUGAAUUGUUACAUAAUCUUGGAUAAGAGCAUACAUGAAGCUCCUUACACAUAUGCUGUAACUAAUCUGAUCCUUUCUAAAUUUAAAGAUAAGGUUGUCAUUAUUUCAUCAGCUAAAGAUCUAAAAGGGAGCCUUGUUACACUGUGGCCUCCCUGACAAGACUAUUCAGCGGGAUAAAUUCAUGUUUUGUUUUGGUCUCUUUAGGGGAAUUUUUUUAAUGUAAAAUUAAAGAUUGGGAUUUUAGACUUUUUAUAUAAUUGUUAAUACAUUCCCAAGUAAUUGUUGGAAUUAACAUUUUAUCAAACUUGGUAUUUUUCUACAGGUCACUGAAGUUAGAUCUGUGUGCGGAGCAUACAAAAGUAAGGACACAUGGCUUUGACAACACAGUCUGCUUCAAGUUAUGUCAAGAACGCCCGAUCCCGUCUCGUGGGGAGUUUAAAGAAUCUCCCAGUGAUCCUGGAGAACUUAAAUCAGAAAGAAGUUCUCGGUGAUGAGGAAGUCCGCGACAUAGAGGCAGAGAAAACUGACUACAGACAAACCAGAAAAAUACUGGAUUCAGUCAAAAAAAAGGGGGAAGCAGCCUGCUAUGAGUUUCUCAGGAUUGUUUACGUUACAAGGGAACGGACCUUACAGGUUGACCUGCACCCCUGGAUCAGCUGCUUUCCUUUCAAGGAAGACACACAAAUGGAUACAAGCUACUUACAAGGCUCAAGGCCGUGCCACCGGUAUCAGGCAAAGCUGAAGUCAAAAGCACAGAAAAUAUCAAAUGAGUUUUGGAUGGCAAACAAAAAUCUGUUUGAAGAAAACAACAAACCUGAUCUGUCAUACAUGCCACUUGUAUUAGACACACAAGAAACUGUCUCUCCAUCGAAAAUAAAGAAGCUUAAGAGCAAGAAAAGCAAGUUGAGUCGCCCUAAAAAGCUCAUGACAUACGUCCCUGAGAACAAAGCAGAAACCACUCCAAGUGAUCUGCUGAAAAGAGAUGAAAACAUACUCGUGGUUGGUAAACCUGGAAUUGGAAAGACAGCACUCAGUCGAGAAAUGUUGAACCUCUGGGCACAAAGAGACAACGAGGAGCUCGAUUACAUGUUUUACUUUGACAUGAGGGAAACAUCUCACAUCAGGAAGGACGCAAGCUUGGAGGAUCUUCUUUUCAACGUGUUCAGUGAACCGGAUGAAGGCAAAGAAGAGGUCUUACAGGACAUAAAGAACAACUCUGACAAUGUUACACUCAUUUUUGAUGGAAUCACCGAUCUGUCUUCAUCAGUGGUGAAGAGACUUGUUGACAAGGACCUACUACCUGACGCCAAGAUCAUCAUGACUUGCAGACCAGAUGAUGAAGAAGAGUUCCUGUCUGAGGACUUUCUCAGAGUGGAAGUGAAAGGCUUUAGUGAGCAGAUCAUUAAAGCAUACCUGUCUGUAAUGCUAGGCGAAGAGCAGAAGAAGGUUUUGAGCAACAUGGAGUUGUUUACUCUUUGUCAUGUCCCAAUGUAUGCACUGAUGGUGGCUGCCUGCUUUUCAUCUGAGACACCGGAAAGCUCUUCAUGCACUAUCACAGAAAUCUACAUCAAUAUUGUUCGUCUUUCCCUUCAAAGAAAUAGCAACACAAAAACCAAACAUCUAAAUUCCUUCAUCAGCAACAAGAGUGAGGAGAUAUUGUCUUUGGCCAAGGUUGCUUUUCAUGCAACUGAAGGAAAAACCGUGACCUUGACAGAGAAUCCCUGUGAAGACAGCUGCGUCCUUUCCUUCCUGAAACCACUUGUUAUCAAAACCGCCCCUACUGAGACAACGACCACUUACGCAUUUCUCCAUUACACAAUGCAGGAGUUUUUUGCAGCACUGUGGCUCUUGAAGAACCCAGAUAAAAUCAAGGAUGUUUUUCAGCAAUGCCUCACUGAGGAGAAGAAACACAUGAAGCACCUGAUCCCUUUCAUGUGUAGACUGUUGAAUGAGACGAGCCCUAGUUUGAUGAAGUAUCUGAUUCCAGCUGAGGAGCUCAAGAAUACAUCUAACUGGUUCUUCAAGGAAAUGAUAACCACAUUUUUUCCUUGUCUGUGUAAGGCUGAUACUGAGGACGAUGGACUUGAUGUGGACAUACUGUUCUUAUGUCAGUGCUUGUAUGAGUCCCAGUGUGCUGAAGCAUGCAUCCAACUUCUGGACAAACUGGACUAUCGGCUUGAUCUCAGUGGAAAGAGUUUUGAUCCUUUACCUUGCUGUGCUGUGGCCUAUGUGGUGGCUCAGUCCAAAGAGCGGAAAAUAUGGCUCAACCUUGAGGACGUCAUGUUAUCAGACCAAGGAAUCAAACGACUUUUUGGUUGUCUUCAAAAUGUCCAAUGGUGUGACCCUCUACCACGGCAGCUGUGGAGGAUUUUACUUCUCAGUGAAGGGCAGAUGGACCACCUCAGCUUACUUGGCCUUGAUGGAAAUCAGUUGCACCUUCCAGUUGAGGGUAAAAGACGGCUGUUUGAAAGAGCGGUUGAAGUCAUGCAGAAAAUGACUACAAAGGUUAAUGUCUGCCUCCACUGGGAGAGGGAAACUCCUGCCUGCCAGAGUCUGUGCAAGUCCCUCUUUGGUGCUUUGCCAUAUAUCAGCUCACUCAGCUUCAGAAAGGCCUACAGAGGUCCAGGAUUACAGAACCAGAAGCAAAGCCAUGGGACGCUGGAGUGGGAAGAAAAGCAGCUGUUACUGGAUUUAUGCCUGAAAGCAACACUUCACGAAGGAGAGCACUUUCAUGGUUUAGUGAAUGGACUCCUGUCAUUGUUUUCUGUUCACACUGACUUAAAUAUCAUCCUUGAUUUUUAUCAACAUGUCAAGAGUGAAAGGGGUUCAAGUGUCAUUCCAAAACUGAGGCCAGUUUUCCAGUCAGCUCCUGCGAUCUGGUCUGUAAACCUCUCAGAGAGAAAGACAUCCAUCCUCCUGGAAGUGCUGAAACUCCAGUCAGAGAAGAAACAAGUGGUACUGACAGGCUGGUCAGAUGAUGAGAGUGAAGUGAGGAGCUUCCUACAGUGUUUGCCUUAUAUCUCACAGCUCAGUUUUUCUUGUUGGUCUUUAACCCAGGAUAAACUCAGGUUGUGUGGGAAACUGUUCUGUGCAGCAGCAGAGAGAGAACAGCAGACAGGAGAGAAGACACUGAAGCUGUUAUCAUCAGUGUGCAGAUACAAAUCAUUCCCUUUUAAAGUCAUAAAUGAUAAUGAUGAUUAUAUGAAAAGGAAAUAUCAGGGCGAUCUCCUGCUGGACCUUUACUCCUACCUGAAGGACUAUGAGACUAAAACAGCCUCAAGUGUCCUCCCAUCAUUACAGUCAGUUUUGCAGUCAGUUCCUGCAGUCUGGUCCAUAAACCUCUCAGAGAGAAAGACCUCCAUCCUCCUGGAAGUGCUGAAACUCCAGUCAGAGAAGAAAAAAGUGGAGCUGACAGGCUGGUCACAUGAUGAGAGUGAAGUGAGGAGCUUCCUACAGUGUCUGCCUUAUAUCUCACAGCUCAGCUUUGAUCCUCGCUGGUCAGAUACUUCUAAAGAGGCUGAGUUCUUGGCGAAUCUGUUCUGUGCAGCAGCAGCAGAGAUAGAACAGCAGGCAAGAGAAAAGAUACUGAAGCUGCUGUCAUCAGUGUGCAGCUAUGAGACAUUCCCUUUUAAAAUCAUGAAUGAUGGUAAUGAAUGUCAGUGUGACUUCCUGCUGGAUCUCUGCUCUCAUGUGAAAGACUAUGAGGCUAAAACAGGCCUGAGUGUCCUUCCAUCAUUACAGUCAGUUUUCCAGUCAGCUCCUGCAGUCUGGUCCAUAGACCUCUCAAAGAGAAAAACCUCCGUCCUCCUGGAAGUGCUGAAACUCAAGUCAGAGGACACAGAAGUGAUGCUGACAGGCUGGUCAGAUGAAGAGAGUGAAGUGAGGAGCUUCCUACAGUGUCUGCCUUAUAUCUCACAGCUCAGUUUCUCUCACCGGUUUGGAGUGUCAGUACAGGUCAAGUUCUUUGGAGAUCUGUUCUGUGCAGCAGUAAAGAGAGAAAAGUCAGUUUUCCAGUCACCUCCUGCAGUCUGGUCCGUAAACCUCUCAAAGAGAAAAGCAUCCAUCCUCCUGGAAGUGCUGAAACUCCAGUCAGAGAAGAAACAAGUGGAGCUGACAGGCUGGUCAGGUGAAGAGAAUGAAGUGAGGAGCUUCCUACAGUGUCUGCCUUUUAUCUCACAGCUCAGUUUGCUUUCUCAGUGGGCAGAUCCUUUUAAAGGGGCCAAGUUCAUUGGGAAUCUGUUCUGUGCAGCAGCAGAGAGAGAACAGCAGACAGGAGAGAAGAUACUGGAGCUGUUAUCGUCAAUGUGCAGAUUUGAGACAUUCCCUCUUGAAGAAACCUGGUGUGAUUUUAUGCUGGACCUAUACAUCCACAUGAAGAACUACGAGGCUAAAGCAGGUCUGAGUGUUCUUCCAUCAUUACAGUCAGUUUUCCAGUCAGCACCUAAAAUCUUUUACAUAAACCUCUGUGAGAGACAGAUGUCCAAUCUUGCGGAAGUGCUGAAACUCCAGUCAGAGAAGAAACAAGUGGUACUGACAGGCUGGUCAGAUGAUGAGAGUGAAGUGAGGAGCUUCCUACAGUGUCUGCCUUAUAUCUCACAGCUCAGGUUCAGUAGCCAGUUUGGAGACUCAGCACGAGUCAAGUUCUUUGGGAAUCUGUUCUGUGCCGCAGUCGAGAGAGAACAGCAGACAGGAGAGAAGAUACUGGACCAGAUAUCAUCACUGUUCAUAUAUCAAAUACUCCUUCAUAGAACUAACGGCUGUGAUCUGCUGCUGGAUCUCUGCUCUCAUGUGAAGGACUAUGAGGCUAAAACAGGCCUGAGUGUCCUUCCGUCAUUACAGUCAGUUUUCCAGUUACCUCCUGCAGUCUGGUACGUAAACCUCUCAGAGAGAAAGACCUCUAUCCUCCUGGAAGUGCUGAAACUCCAGUCAGAGAAGAAACAAGUGGUGCUGACAGGCUGGUCAGAUGAUGAGAGUGAAGUGAGGAGCUUCCUACAGUGUCUGCCUUAUAUCUCACAGCUCUGGUUCAGUAACCAGUUUGGAGUCUCAGCGCAAGUCAAGUUCUUUGGGAAUCUGUUCUGUGCCGCAGUCGAGAGAGAACAGCAGACAAGAGAGAAGAUACUGGACCAGAUAUCAUCACUGUUCAUAUAUCAAACACUCCUUAGUAGAAAUAACAGCUGUGAUCUGCUGCUGGAUCUCUGCUCUCAUGUGAAGGACUAUGAGACUAAAACAGGCCUGAGUGUCCUUCCGUCAUUACAGUCAGUUUUCCAGUCACCUCCUGCGAUCUGGUCUUUAAACCUCUCAGAGAGAAAGACCUCCAUCCUCCUGGAAGUGCUGAAACUCCAGUCAGAGAAGAAACAAGUGAUGCUGACAGGCUGGUCACAUGAUGAGAGUGAAGUGAGGAGCUUCCUACAGUGUCUGCCUUAUAUCUCACAGCUCAGCUGUGAUCCACAGUUCUUCCAGAGUGUGUGUACACUCAUAUCCACAAGAUCCAGACAGGAGGCUGAGCAGUUGGCUGAUUUGCUACAGCUGCUGGGUUUCACCUUGCUGUUAACAGGAGAAUUACACAAGAAAACAUGUUGGUCUGUCGUGAGAGUUCUCAGACUUUGUGGCUCUAAAGUUGAUCUCAUCCUCACACCAACAAAGAUUUCUGUUAGAGGAGCCUCUGUCCUCUUUAGAGGUACAACACAACUGCACAGUCUGAGGCUUUCAAAUGACAUGGUCUUGCUAAUGUGUCGAUGGGUAAGAAGAGGAACAGUGGCCUGUUCGGUGACUAUUGAAGAACUUUCUCUCUCGCCUCAGACAGCCCAACCAUCAGACAGAGUAUUGUUGAGGGUUGUCAGUAGUUUGGCGUCCCUGCUGAGAUACUGGACAGUCAGGCGGUUAGACCUGACUGAGCUCUGUGUUCCUGCUCAGGGUCUCAUUCCACUGCUGCUCCAUGAUGGCCCUCUAACAAUCAAACUGAAUGGAAAUCUUGUCCAGCAGCUACUCUCCCUCUCCCAUGAAAUCCAGGACGACUUGACUUGGUCCCUCUUGAGUAAAGUUGGUGGAGACCUGGUCUCUGGACUUGUAGCUUCUUCAGCAUCUGCUGCUGUAGUCGUCAUCUCAGAUCCACUGUGACCCUGAGGAAGAACAGCUUCUUACAGGAGAGCAUCACAUGUCUGCCUCCCUUUGGGGACAGGAUUGUGUUUCACAGGUGAUCAGUCUGCAUUUAGGGCCAGAUCUACUAAAGGUCUGCGUGUAUAAAAAUGUGUGCAAACUCAUUGCACACGCAAAAAAAUGUACAAACUGAUUUACUAACAGUGCGCACUAAGGGUUGCGAGUAAUUUCCGAGAAGUUAUGAUGAAAUAAAAAAUAUUACAGACCAUAGAAUAGGACUGACAACCUCUCCAAUUUUUUUUUUUUUUUUUUUGCUGCUGCUGGUCUAUAAUAUUGUUGGCUAUAUUUUGCAUUUUAAUAAAAAAAAAAAAAACAACUUAAGAAUAAAAGAAAUAAACACCGAAAUAAUUAGUGGAAUCUUUUUUUUUAUUGAUGAAUGAAUGAAUGAACGAAUGAAUGAAUAAACAUUGGAAGCAGUUCAGCCGCAGUCCCGCCGGCUGGCGCGGUCACUGUUGAGAUUACAUUUGUUUUUUAUUAUUAACAAAAUGUUUUUUUAUUGACUGCAUGAAUGGUUUUGUUUUCAAAUAAAUAUUUGGAAAUGAAAAUGUAUGCUUUGGUGUACUUGGUGUAGAGUUUUGCAAUAUGUAUAGCUACCUGUAUGUAUCAAAAUGAAUAAUUUUCAAUAUUAAAUUAAAUUUUUGCUCCA